UGCUAAUAGUUGCAACCGUCUGGCAACUCCGACUAGUUGGCCCAUACCUUCCUUUCUACCUUAGCCACCAAGGCUUCCAUUCCCGUGACGAAGCAAAAACCUCCUAUAAAACACAGCUCUCCCGAACACGGAUCAAACGGCUCCGGAAAAACACCCAAAAAAGGCGGCGGAAAGGGGAAAAGGAAGAACAUGGACGGGCACGUCGGCCAGUUCUUCGAGUCGGUGAGCUCGAUCUUCCGCGGGAGCGACACCCUCCCCGUGUGCGACCGCGACAUCAUCGCCGGUUGUGAGACAGAGGUUGCUGAGGCUGCAAAUGAAGAACAGAAGAACGACAGCCUCAUGAGACUGUCAUGGGCGCUUGUUCACUCUAGGCAGCCCGAGGAUGUCAACCGCGGCAUUGGAAUGCUUGAAGCUUCUUUCGGCAAGUCUAACAGUCCGCUACAAACAAGGGAGAAGCUCUAUUUGUUGGCUGUUGGACACUACAGAAAUGGGGAUUACACAAGAAGCCGUGAGCUUCUGGAAAGAUGCUUAGAGGUUCAACCUCACUGGAGGCAAGCUCUUACUUUGGAAAGGCUCCUUGAAGAGAAAACCAAAAGAGAUGGUAUGAUUGGCAUGGCCAUUGUGACUGGCGCCUUUGGACUUGUGGGGCUUGUUGCUGGUGGAAUCAUAGCUGCUGCUUCAUCGUCCAGGAAGAAAUGAGGCUCCGGUAUGCAGUGAAUAAGAUGAUUAGAUGAGCAAGAACCUGAUGUAAAGUUGCGUAAUCUUACCUUCGCACUCUUGCAACCACGCAUGUGCGCACUUAUCCUUUUCCUGUCCUGUUUCCGCGGUGGACAACCAACCUUAAUCACACUAUGAGUUCUCAUGUUACGACAUUUCCACCGUUGGAUCGAAGAAUGCAUGUUAAGUAAUGCUAGAUCAUAGACUGUUGCCUCGGUUCA